GAUCCUCUCUGGGUCGAUGGCGGAGGACGUCAGAAGCGGCUGAGACGACGGCGACGACGAUCGCAACGAGUGCGAGCCACGCGAUCGCCCCUCAGCUCGACGGUUUUGGGCGGCCCGUUGGUUUCUUACACGACACAAAACCGCCGCCAGACCAAACUUUGAAACAAACAUCCAUCGAACGAAAUUCAAACGAUUCAAUUUCUGAACACAGAGAAAUGACCAGUGUGUAGUGUGUGUGUACAUGUGUGUGUGUGUCUAUUCGUACAGCCUGGAACGAGAGCUGCUCUCAGGAAUGUGUGAGUGUCUGUGAAAAAAAAAUUCACAAGAGAAAAUAAAAAUUGCCUCUCUACUCCCCCACCCAGUGUGUGUGUGUGUGUGUGAGUGCGUUAAUGUGUGUGAGUGAGGGGGGGCCACAGUCAAAAAAUUUUAAUAGAAAAAAGCUUCUGCUAGUUUCUUAAAGCGAAAAACUGGCAGCCCAUUUUUUUGUGCUCCCCUGGAAAACUAACCAUUGUUGGGAGAUCCAUUUGUAUUCCAUGAUGGCCGCCUAACGAGAUCUCCCCCUUCCUCUUCCACUAGUUAAAAAGAAAAAAAGAACUUGAGAAAUUUUUUUGAAAAAAGAAAAAAGAAAAGUUUUGACAUUAAAGGAGUCGAUCCCGAGCUGACAACGUCGCUUUUAAAGGUCCUACACACACACACGGGGCCCUAAUCAUCAUCUGUGUGUGUGUGUGUGUGAAGAGAAGCGGAAGCAAGGAGGCACAUCACAAUCAUGGAUCCUAUGGAUCGGCGAGGGACGGGCUCGUCGCCGGGGAUGAUGGGCGGCGGCGGAGGUGGCGGAAGUGGCGGCGGAGGUGGCGGUCUAGUUCCCGGAUCGGCCAGCCAGCAUCACCGCUCCCGCUCAGCCACCCGUACGUCAUCGACCAACGCCAAUCGAUCGUACCACUCGCUGGAUCGCGACGGUCACGACCGCGAACGUGAAUUCAUGCCUAUCCGGGAGACGAGAGACGGACGGGACGGCCGAGGUGGCGGAGGCGAUAUGAGGGAUCGCUCCCUGGAGCGCGGAAUGGACGGAAUGGGCGGCGGAGGAGGCAGAGGAGGCAGCCGGAGAGAUCGCUCCAUGGAUCGCAACGCCAUGAUGGACGAAGAGAUGCUGUACGGCGGAGGCGGCGGAAGAGAUAUGGUCGGACCGGGCGGUGGAAUGGGCGGAUCCGGUUUGCCGCUGCCGAGAUCGGCCCGUCAAUCGCCGGCCGUCGACAUGGGCAUGAAAGGUGGCAACAGCAACAUGAUGGGCAACGCCGGAAGCGGUGGAGGCGGCCUGACCAACCGCGAAUCCUACCUGAUGGAAAUGCAAGGGCAGAACGCGGACUUGUCGCGUGAGCUGGGCACGCUCAAACGGGAGCUGGAGAUGACCAAUCAAAAACUGGGCUCCAGUAUGCACAGCAUCAAGACCUUCUGGUCACCUGAGCUCAAGAAGGAGCGGGCCCUGCGCAAAGAAGAGUCGGCCAAAUAUUCGCUCAUCAACGAUCAGCUCAAGUUGUUAAACGCCGAAAAUCAGAAACAAGCCAUGCUGGUACGUCAGCUGGAAGAGGAAUUGCGCAUCCGGAGCAUGCAGAAUCACCAUCCCAGUCACGAGGUCCGGCAGCAGGUGGAAACCAUGUACGCCGAGAAUGAUCACCUGUCCAGGGAAGUGGCCAUUCUCCGGGAGACGGUCAAAGAACUGGAAUUGAGGAUCGAAACGCAGAAACAGACACUCCAAUCGCGCGAUGAAAGCAUCAAGAAACUCCUGGAAAUGCUCCAGAACAAGGGCAUGGGUAGUAGCCUGCUUGUUGCUUCCCCCGAUGUGGCCGAGUUCGAAAGACUCAGGAGCCGUCUGAACGAGAGCCAGACGCAGACGCGCUACCUGCAGUCCAUGGUCAACAUCCGCGAUCAGGAGCUGGAUAGGGCCAGGAAGGAAUCGGUGCUGUGGCAAGACAAGCUCAAGAGUCUCAUCCAAGACCCGGCCCAUCGAGGCGAUCACGUGACGGAGACUUGGGCGGCUCUGCUGGAGACGAAGGAGAGCCGGAUCGCCGUGAUGGAGAGGGACAUCAGCCUGUUGGAGAAGGAGCUGCUCCAGCAGCAGCAGCUGAUGCAGCAGCAGAGAGACCACUGGGUGCGCUCAAUCGAACAAUCCAAUCCGACCACUCCCGUCCCACCGCGGACGGCCACUCCGUCUCAACAGGCGGCGGCAGCAGCGGUGGCGGCGGCCGCCCAGCUCUACCGUCACAGUCCCGUCAACAACGGUCAAACAGCUCAGCACAAAGACGCGAUCGAAGAGCUCCGGAUGGAAAUCGGAAAGCGGGACCAAGAACUGCUGGCAAUGGGGGCCAAGAUGAAGACGCUGGAGGAGCAACACCAGGACUACCAGCGUCACAUAGCCGUACUGAAGGAGAGCCUCUGCGCCAAGGAAGAGCACUACAACAUGCUCCAAACGGAUGUGGAGGAAUUGAGGCAGCGGCAUGAGGAGAAGAACCGGAUCAUCGAGAAAAAGACUCAGAUCGCUUUGCAGGCCACCCAGGAGCGGAACCGAUUCACGGCCGAGGUCAACGAGAUGCGCGAUCAUUUGGACAUCCGCGACCGCAAGAUCAACGUCUUGCAGCGCAAGAUCGAGAAUCUCGAGGACCUGCUGAAGGAGAAGGACAACCAAGUGGACAUGGCCCGGGCUCGAAUGACGGCAAUGCAGGCGCACCACUGUUCGUCGGAGGGCGCCGUUUCGUCCCUGGAGGAGGCCAUCGGCGACAAGGAGAAGCAGAUCAGCCAAUUGCGUGAGCAGAGGGACCGGGCCGAGCAGGAGAAGCACGAAGAGAGGGAUCUGCACGAGCGGGAAAUCGCCGAGUACAAGAUGAAGCUGCACACUCUGGAGAGCGAAGUGGAGAAACUCGGGGUGAGACUGGAUCGAGCCCUGGCCGAGAAGGACAAGCUGGAGGCCAAGUUGGAGAGCUCCCAGUCGGAGCUGGGCAAGUCGAAAGCCGAGCUGGAUCGGGUCCAGGGCGACGCCGGCAAGAGCUCGGUCGAAUGGGAAUCGGCUAAGCAGCGCAUUUCGCGCUACGAAAUGGAGAACGAGCGGCUCAAGUCGGAGAACGAGCGUCUGCGACACGAUCUCGACCGCUCCACAUCCACUUUCGGCCGGACCCAAUUAAACGUCACGCAGGAAGCCGAGCGGAUUCAAGAGAAACUGGACAAAACUCAGGCGGAAUUGAGGCGAGCGCUGGCCGAAUUGCGGAUGAACCAGUCGGAGUGGGAGAGGAGCCGUGCGGAGGCGGAGCAAUUGCAGGAGAAAGUCGAGAAAUCCCAGGGCGAAAUCUACCGCCUCAAAGCCAAAUUGGAGAACGCCCAGUCGGAAAAAGAAAACCUCCAGGAGGAGUACGAGCGGUGUCAAGGCAGCGUUUCGCGGCUGCACGCCGAGCGCGACAAGGCCAUCUCCGACGUGGAGAAGGUUCGCGAAGAGCUGGAACGCUGUCAGAGUACGCUGGGCAAAUUGCAGCUGCAACAGGAGAAGACCCAGCAAGGGUACGACAAGGCCCAGAACGAUGUCGAUCGUCUGCAGGAGCGACUGGACAAGGCCCUGGUCGAGUCUCGCAAAUUCCAGAGCGAGAAGGAGAAAUACGUCUACGACUUCGACAACAUGCAGGCCCAGUUGGACAAAUCGGCGGGCCAGUUGUCCCGCGUCCAAAAGGAGAAGGAAAACAUCCAACAAGAAAUGGAACGAAUUCGGGAGAAACACGACAAAAACCAGGCGUUGACGAUGCGAUUACAAAAGGAGCGCGAUGUCGUCGGUCAGGAAGCGGAGUCGCUAAGAGAGAAACUGGAACUUGUCCAAUCGCAAGUCGCCAAGGCGACGCGGGAUCGUGAACUCCUCCUCAGCGAGACGGAAUCCAGCCGGGAGCGUUUCGACAAAGUGAAUCAGAAUCUACUCAAAGUCCAGACGGAGAGGGAUGAUUUGUCAGCGGAAUUGAGCCUGUUGCGCGAUCGACUGGACAAGGCCCAGGCCAACGCCAGCAAGGCCAUGGAGGAGCGAGACAGCGCCGUCAAGGAGACGGAGCGGCUGCUGGAGAAGUCGGACAGGAGCCAGGGUGAAGUCUACCGGCUCCAGGGCAAACUGGACACGUCCCUGGCCGAGCAGGAGAGACUGCGCAGCGAGAGCGACAAGACCCAGCUCCUGGCGUCCAGGGCCCGCGAGGAUUUCCGCAAAGCCCACGAAGAGCUUCAAGACGUCAAGGAGAGCCUGGACAGGGCCCUGCUCCAGCUCUCCAAGUCCAAGGAGCACGAGGAGAAGCUCAAGGAGGAGCUGGAGAAGCACUCGGUCGACGUGGAGAUGCUGCGCGAGCGGCAGGAGAAGAGCCAGAGCGAGUACCGGCGAGCCUACAGCGAGAAGGAGAAGCUGGAGAGCGAGCUGGCCAGGGUUCAAUUCGAGCUGGAGCGGACCUCGGCCCAGCACUCGAAGGCUUACGCCACGCUGGAGAAGACGCAGGAAGAUUUCGCCCGCAAGCAGGUGGAAUUGGAAAUGAUCUCGGAGAAAUACGAGCGGCUCCAGGUGGAGCUGCGUCGCGUCCAGUCGGAAUGCGACCGCUACCGGACCGAGUGCGAGACGCAAAAGGAGGAAGUGGACCGGUUCGCCGCCCGCAUUGGCAAGUACCAGGAUCUGCAGGAGCGGACCAAGGAGGAGCAGGACAAGUUGGCCGUCGAGGCCGAACGCUACAAGGAUCGACUGGCCCGCGUCCAGUCCGACAUGGAGAAACUCCAAUCGCACAAAGAGAGGACGGACCAAGAGAACGCCCGGCUCAAAGUCGAGCUGGAACGGCAGGCGGAGAACGUCAAGCAAACGGUGUCGGUGACGCGGAAUCAAGCGGCGGCCGAGAGCGCGGCCGAACUGGUCCGUGUCCAGGGCGAGUUGAGCCGAUCGCAGAACGAAAUCCAGCGGCUGCAGGUGGAGCUGGGCCGGGCCCAGGCCGAAUCGGAGCGUCACCGCGACAAGUACGAGGCCGGCCAGCAGGAAGUGCAGAGGUUGCGGUUGACUUGCGAGAAGAGCGACAAGGAGCUGGCCCGCGUCACCCAGGACAUGGAGCGACGGAUCGCUCUGAUGACCAAGACCAGCAGCGACCAGGAUCGCUGCCAGAUGGAGAUGGAUCGACUCCGCAUCGAAAUCGAGAAAGUCAAAGACAAGUACGACCGCUCGCAGGCGGAAGUGGUGCGGAUAACACAGAAGCUGGAGCAGGAGGAGCGAGACAAGGAGAAACUCAAAGUCCAGGUGGCUCAGCUCGAGUCGCACAAGGAUCGAGCCAUGGGAGCCGGGCAGAAGCAGUGCGAAGAGCUGACGGAACGGAAUCAAAAAUUGCAGAUGGAGUGCGAGCGGCUGAGCCAGGAGAAGGAGCGAUCCAGCGUUCAAGUGCAGCGGCUCAACUUGGAGCUGGAGAAACAUUUGAGCAAGUUCCAGGAGAACAGCCAGGCUUCCAAGAAGGAGCUGGAUCGAUUGGUGGAGGAGCGCGAGAAAUUGGCCAGGGAGAUCCAGACGACCAAGACGGAGAACGAGCGGUUGCGCGAAGAGCUGCACCGGCUCCACCGAUCCCUCGAGUCCAGCCAGGGAGCCAAAGAGGAGGUGACCAAGUUGCAGAAAAUGAUCGAUUCCAUGCAAAACGAGCUGGGCCGGCUCAACGCCGAGCGCGAGAAGCUGUCGUCCAACAUGUCGCAAAAGGACAAACAGUGGGAGAAGAUGGAGAAGCAGCUGGUCAAGAUGGAAGCCGAGCUGAAGAAAGUCUCAACGGAGCGGGAUCAGGUGAUCGUCCAGCUGGAGAAGUCGCAGGAGAUGCUGGUCACGUUCCAGCACGAGCUCCAGCAAUCGGAUCAGGGAUUAGAGAGGACCAAACAGGAGAACGAGAGACUCAAGAGGGAGCAGGAGCGAAUCCUGCGCGACGUCGAGCAAGGAUCGCGCGACGUGAUGCAAGCCAAGGAGAAAGAGUUCCAGCGGCUGCAGAGCCACGUCCAGCAGCAAGAAAAAGAGCUGGCCAAGAGCCAGCAGGAGAUGGCCAGAGAUCGACAGCGAGCCGAAAAGGCUGAGCGCGAUUUGGCAAACGCUCAGCGGCAGCUGCAGGAGCGAGCCGGCCAACUGGAAGGAGCCGCAUCGCAAGCCGGUCAGGCCGUCGAGAUGGAAAGAAAAAGAGCCGAACGGGCUGAGCAGGUCGGCAGGGAGCUGCAGGAGAGUUUUGUCCAGCAGAAGAAACUGUCGGAGCAGCAGCAGCAACAUCUGGCCCAGCUUCAGCAGCAGAUCGGCCAGCAGCAGCAGCAACUAGCGGCCCAGCAGCAGCAACUGGCCCAGCAGCAGCAACACCUGCAAAAGGCUGCCGGCGAACAGGGAGCGGCGGCUGCGGCCGAAGUGCAGAAACUGCGCAAAGAGCUGAUGUCCGCCCAGCAGGAAGCUCAAAAAGCUUUGGGCGAACGCGAAAGGGCGUCGGCUCAAGUGGCCAAGACCCAGCAAGAGCUGAAGAGCGCCAUAGUUGAAAGGGAGCGACUUCAAUCGCAGCUGGAAAUGCUCGUCAACGAGUUGAGCAACCGACAGUUGGAGCUGCAGGAAGCCACGACAGCUCGUAGUGACAGCGAGGAAACCACCAAAUUGAGGCGGCAGGUUGAAGAGCAGCGGAAGCAAUUGGAAGAGCUGCGGAGGUCCAGUGACCAGCGAGCCAAGCAGAUUGAGGAGCGUCAGAGGGCGUUGGAGGAAGCCGAACGUCAGGCCAAAAAGAGGAAAGAAGCACUCGACCAGUUGGACGAGAGGCUCAAACAACAACAGAAAAACAGUCCGGCAGCAGCGGCAGCUGGAGGACCUGCCGGCAAGCAGAUCGCCGAAAAGGAUUCAGAGAUCAAGCAGCUGAAAGAGGACAGCCAGCGGGCUCAGAGCGAGACGGAAAGGCUCCUGCAGUUGAUGCAAAUGACGCAAGAAGAGCAGUUCGCCAAAGACAAGACCAUCAUGGAAUUACAAGAGGCGUUAAGAGUGGAACGAUCCAAGCGUGCGCAAGCCAGCGCGGAUGAGCGAAGCGCAAAUCAAGAUCCUCGAGGCCAGAACCGAUCACAGACGACGGAAGAGAGCGACCAAGGGAAUUCGUCGGAUGCUUUGGUGCAGAAGCGAGAGGAUUGGCUGUCUCAAAGGAAGGAUGAGCUGGAAGACGUCAUUCAACAGCUGGAGGAAGUGAUCCGCAUCAAAGAGUUUGCCAUCGAUCGACUGACGAAAGAGCUGGGCGACGUACGAGACCAAUCCGCUUUGCUGGAAGGUCAGCGGACGAGGAGUCUGGAUCAGAAAGAAGACCGGAUCGAAGAGCUGGAAGAAGCUCUCAGGGAAAGUGUUCGCAUCACAGCUGAUCGUGAAGUGGCCCUCGACGCUGAGACUCAACAGCGGACGAUCCUCGACCAAAAGGUGGGGCGGCUAGAGCAGCGAUUGCAGUCGAUGCAUAACGCCAAGAGUUUGAAAUGCCGCCAGUGUCGACCGAACCGGCUGCGACUCCAGGAGCUCCAGUCCCGGUUGAGUCAAUUGCUGUCAGAAAGGAGAGGCCACCUCCACGAACUCUUCGACAUGAAGCAAGAAGCUUUAGAGGCUGCCAUCAGCGAACGAGACGCACAGCUCGGCUUGCUCGAAGUCUCCGGCAUCAAAACAGCCAGGGCUGCGGAACGCGCCGACGAUUUAAGAGCCGAUCGGAAGCGACUGAUGCAAAUGAUGAAACAACAGAAUGAGAAACGAGUCAAAUUGUUACUCGAAUACGAAGAUGAGAAUCUUGCCGGCAUCGACGGUGACGAUUUCCACGCAGGAGACUCUACGGAAGACAGUGAUGAUCCGGUAUGCAAAUGAAUGGAGCAAUAUACACACGCGUUCCGUCGAUGAAAUCGAACGUCGUUCAGUGCGCUACUAUACUUGUCAAACGAUGGAGACAAAUAAUUCAGUGAAUACUACAGAACAUAUCUCUGUAAAAUGGUAUUAUCUCGCAUUCGAAUUUCUUUGAUUCAUUUCUGGAGACAACAAGACAAAAAAAAACGUAUAGUUAAAUAAGAUUAUUAGUCAACUGCCAAUUGUUCAGCGUUUGAUGGCCAAUAAUUUUCAACCUCUUUUAUGUUUCGAGUUGUUUCUAUAUAUUAGACUCUAUCGUCAUGUUCUCCAUUCGUCAUCUUUAAAAAAAAAAUCUUUUAACACCUUUGUCCCGAUUUCGCAGUCAGAGGAUUGUUCAUUAUACUAUAAAUACAUAUACAGUGUUCCGAGAUGAUGAAUCCUCCAACGAGUCUGUGCCCCGCCCAAACAACAACAACAACAAAAAAUAAAUAAAAAAAAAACACGAUAACAAUGAUUAGUCAUAGCUAAUAGGCUAUAAUGUAAAGUGCACAAUAUUAUAUUGACUGAAGUUUUAAUUGUUAAUCGUUUCUGAUUCUUCCUUACGCUGCCCGCGCAUUCGUCGUGUCCGUCACUCCCUCUUUCUCUCUCUCUUCUCUUCUCGUUUGUUUGUUUAAACUUAUUCUUAAAAUAAAACAAUGGCACUGGCAAGUCUCGGACCGAUAGGGCAAGAUGAAGAAGUGAAUCAAUAUUUACAACAUUUCUGAACUUGUGUGUGUGUGUGUGACUGUGUGAGAGUGUGUAGUUUGAGUGCGCGAAUGUCGACAUUCUUUAUGAUUUGCCAAGCCUUUCUCUGCCCUCUUUCUCUCUAUUUAUUCUCCCCCAAAACAUUUUUGAUGUAUUGACGUUCAGCCAUCAUCUGACCCGACCUGACAGGUUUAAUAUUUCACUCGACCUACCUUUUUUCGCGUAAUUAACACUGUUUAGUUCAUACUACGUACGUACGUACGUACGUACGUACUAUUGUUUUGUUUUUUUCAAAAAUUUCUCUCAUCGCGUUCCAGAAAAAAAUAUUCUAUAUUUAUGUUUUGAUUUUUGGGUUGGAUUUCCCUUUUUCUUGACGUUGGCCGUCUUCUCUCCACAAUCUCUGAAAGUGCGGUCAUAAACACCGGUUGUUCAUCGUUGUUGUUACAUACACUUCUCCGCUAAUUGUA